AUGGUGACUAGGCGGGUCAUUUUUCUGGUCGUGUUUGUCAGUUGCAUGGUUUUGGUUGUGCGGGCCAGACCUAACGGCAAGGAAGAAGAAUGGAAGCACGGCGGUGGAAAGGAGCAUCAUUCAGAAGAGCACUCAUCGCAUGGGGAAAAAGGUGACAAGGGCUACAAGCAUGACGAGGAGCACGAGGAAGGCAAAAAGGGGCACCACGAUAAAGAGGGUCACAAGAAGGAGUAUCACGACGAAGGCGGUCACAAGAAGAAACAUCACGAUGAGGGUGCGUAUCACAAAGAACACAAAAAAGGAGAGAAAGGCGAAAAAGGACACAAGUUCGAGGAAAGUGGCAGCUUUAAGAAGGGACACUCCACAAAAGGACACCAUGAAAUACACAAACUAGAUGAGUUCAAAAAAGAGAAGAAAUUUUUCGAUGAAGAUCAUGAUGAAGGAUUCGAUGAGAAAUUCGGCGAUUUUAAGGAAGAACAUGGCUAUAAGAAGGGUGGUCACGAGAAAAAGGGCCACAAGAAAGCCGGUCACCAUCACGAUGAGUACGGAAAGAAGGGACACAAGAAGAAGGGAUCGCAUCAUCAUGACCAUGUAGGCCAUAAGGACGAACAUGGACAUGAUGAGCACUGGAGCCACAAGGAGCACUUUGGCAAAAAAGGAGGAAAAGAUCAUCAUAAAAAGUGGGGUCACAAAAAGGGCCAUCAUUGA